ACAAUGGAUGGUCAAGACUUGUUGCUGGUUCUCAUUUGUGCUCUGGGAGAGUUGAGAUGGCUCGUGGGAACACCUGGAUGUCAGUGUGUGAUGCUGUGUUUGAUGAUCAGGAUGCAGAGGUUGUGUGUAGAGAGCUGAACUGUGGGGUUCCUGUACAGCUGCUGGGUGCAGAUACUUUUGGUAAAGGAGAGGGGCAGGUGUGGACACAAGAGAUUCAAUGUAGAGGAAAUGAAUCUCAAAUAAACUUCUGUCCACAACAAUCUUCAAACAAGAACAACUGUUCACAUGACAAUGAUGUGGGAGUAAUUUGCUCUGGUUACACAGCACUCAGACUGGUGAACGGCUCUGAUAUCUGCUCUGGUCGAGUUGAGCGUCAGUAUUUCAGUAAAUGGGGCUCAGUGUGUGAUGAGUGCAUGAAUAUGAGAGCUGCCAAUGUUCUCUGUAGAGAGCUGAAUUGUGGGAUUGCUGUGUCUGUUGUGGGAGUGGACUGGUUUGGAGAGGGAUCUGGUGAAAUCUGGGCUGAUGUGUUUGAUUGUCAGGGGAAUGAAACAAAACUCUCAGAAUGUUCAAUCUCUUCAUGGAGUCGAGCUGAAUCCUCUCAUAAACAAGAUGUUGGAGUCAUUUGUUCUAGUGAGUGAACUUCACUCUGUCAUUAACAUGAAGUUACUGUAGUGUGAUCGUA